AUGGCCAAGCGAAGUGCUCUCUCUUCUCUCGACCAGUCUGGACAGCCCGCUGAGAAGAAGGCUGCUACAGAGGCCUCGUCUUCAAGUCACACUCACGCCAUGGAACGCAGAGUUACUCGAUCUGCCGCCAGAAUUGCUGCCAGCAGUGCUACCAGCGUGCCGGAGUCCACCUUGCCGCCUAACCCCCCACAAACCCGGAAACGAAAGGCUCCUUCUCGUCGUGAGGUAGCUCGGGCUGAUCCCGAGGUCCCUCCAUCGCCGCAGCCCAGCUCGCGCUCGAAGCGCCAGAAGUUGACACCUGCUGGCCAUCAGCCUGCCCCCCGGCAAGGUACUCGACAGUCUGCAGGCAUGUCUCAGCCUAUAUCCCCUGGAGAGUCGGAGGAGAGAUCGAAGUCUGUCACCGCUUCAUCCUCAUCCUCAAAAACCCGGACCAGUCGAAACAGAAAGUCUACAAGAGAUGCCUCCCAACAUGUUUCCCCGCCGCGUCGACAGAAAAAGAGAGGUAAACGAGAUACCGAUGUUGAAAUGAAAGACGGAGAUGAGGAACGCAAGGAGAAAGCACUUGACAAAGAUGAAGAGGAAACCUCCCUAGCCAGCGAUAGCCAUGAGGAAACCAACCAGAUGGAUGCCGCUGAGGAUGAUGAUCAUGACCUGUUUCGUAGCGGUAUCUUUGGGGCAGGGGGCCAUUUUGGUCUUCAGAGUACUCUGCGUGCUCUCAGCGGGAUGAUGUCGGGCAUGUCCUCUCGCCUCCGGGAUAUCCUAUCGAAUUUGAAGACAAAGGAAGAUCCUUCCGUCCAGUUAAUUGCAUUGCAGGAACUAUCAGACCUUCUCUUAGUUUCGAACGAGGACAACCUCGCUGGUCAUUUCUCCCCAGACCCUUAUGUGCACGAGCUCGUAAAUCUGAUGCAGCCUAAUGACUUUGGAGAAGAAAACCCUGAAAUAAUGCUGUUAGCUUGCCGGUGUCUAGCUAACAUGAUGGAGGCUAUUCGAGGCUCCGCCGGCAGUGUUGUUCAGGGGGGUGCUGUGCCAAUUCUCUGCCAGAAGCUGCUGGAUAUACAAUUCAUUGACCUAGCUGAGCAAGCUUUAAGUACUCUAGCAAAGAUAUCCGUGGACUUCCCUGCUUCCAUUGUCCGGGAAGGCGGACUAACGGCCUGUCUCACAUAUCUUGAUUUUUUUCCUACAAGCACACAGCGUACGGCUGUUACAACAGCUGCAAAUUGCUGCCGUAACGUACCGCAGGACUCCUUUCCCGUCGUGAAAGAUGUCAUGCCCAUACUACUAAAUGUCCUCUCGAGUAGCGACCAGAAGGUGGUUGAGCAGGGCUGUCUAUGCGUUUGCCGUGUGGUAGAGAGCUUCCGAUACAAACCAGAGCAGCUGGAGGAAUUAAUUGAGCCGGAUCUGUUACGAGCUGUGCUUCGACUACUCCUCCCCGGCACGACAAACUUGAUCGGGCCCCAUAUCCACACAUACUUCCUCCGCAUCCUGGGAAUAAUCUGCAAGUCAAGCCCUCGCCUGUCUGUUGAGCUUCUGAGAAUGAAUAUAGUAGAUACUUUGUAUCAAAUUCUCACGGGAGUUUCACCCCCUUCGGACGACGGUACUGGACCACUCAAGUCUGAUACUGUGCAUAUUAUGCAAGCCUUGAUACACCGCCCGCGCGAACAAGUUUACGAAACACUCAACAUUGUCUAUGAGCUCCUUCCUGCCUCGUCAAAAGGAUCAGUUGUUCUCCUGGAUGAUCAGCUCCGUUUCACGCUUGGCGACGGUCCUCUACCGCCCUCUACCACCCCUAAAAUCAAAGCAAUGAGUGACAGGCGACUGGAGUUGUUGAAACAAUGCAAGCCAGAAAUCAAACGAUUCGCUACAAUCCUCCUACCGACACUUACAGAUGUCUACUCUAGUACGGUGAACUUGAGAGUCAGGCAAAAGGUACUGUUGGCACAACUAAAGAUGGUCCAAGCCCUUGAUGUCAACAUUAUAGAAGAAGCCCUGCGGUCUGUGCCAUAUGCGUCCUUUUUGGCUGGUAUACUCUCUCAAAAAGAUCACGUAUCCCUCGUUGCGCUCGCCUUGCAAUGUGCAGAACUCUUAUAUGAACGACUGCGGGACAUUUAUCAGUAUCAAUUCCAUCGUGAGGGCGUCAUAACCGAAAUCAAAGAAUUAGCUACUGUAUCAGUAUUGGAUAAAACCAAUAAACUAACUGACCAAAGGCCCAAUUCAACUCCUGAAUUGAAACAACAUCUUUCCUACGCAGAUGGCAUGAAAGACGGCCAUGGUCACGAUAGCGGGCAUGAACAUGAUAUUCAGGAUGACAUUCACGAUCAUGAAGACGAGAGUAAUGAUGAGGAUGAUUUCAAUGGUGACUAUCCUGACGACCCGGAGCACCAUGGCGAACAUGAACAUGACGAAGCUUCAGACAGCGAAGCAUCCUCGAUUGUGCACCCCCCUACCCAACCACUUGACACUACUCUCCAAGAUCUUAUAACAACCGGCGCAAAACAUUUUCUGCACCUCUAUGAAGAGAACAAGACUGCCGGUAUGCAUGAAAAGGCGGAGGUUGUCCUAGCCACCCUCCGUGGUCUCACCAAGAAAAUCGAGGCUUGCUAUAAAGCUCCUGCUACUGAAAACCAGGGCUUCAAACUCUUCUCUGAACUUGCAGCCUACUUUGAUCAAGAUGCCCUUAACAAUAUCACGAGCUAUGAGCUUUUGAAUUCCGGCAUUAUUCGUGUUCUUGUUGAUGUCAUUGAGAAUUCAAAAGGUCAAGCAGGUGCAGACUUUCUGAAGGCAUUCAAGGCUUCCCAGCCAACCGUAAAGCCCGGGUCCGAACGCAAAACUGCAUUUGGUGCCUUUAUCCACCAACUUCAAGACCUACUGAGUCGUACUGAGAACUUUGAGGUUGUUACUGUCCACCACAAUGCAUUUGACAAUAGAAGUACCCUAUCCAUGCUGUCAAAGCAAAUUCGGCUCCGAUUGGUAGCCGAGGAGGGCUCAAAUAUCCCCAAGCCAUAUAAGAACAUGAUGGUUUCUAUUCAUGCCAUCGCAAAUUUUAAGACACUAGAUGAUUAUCUUCGCCCAAGAAUAAGCCUUUCUGAGCGCCCACGCCACUCUAGGCACCGCGACCCAACCUUCCCAAAUCAUCAUGGCGACGCCAAUCCGCAAAAUCCUGAAUCAGCGAGUAGGGAAAGCGACACUGGAUCGCCCCAUUUGUCUGAUUUCCCCUCUUAUCGAUUGCCGACUGGGCGAGACAGCUCCAAUGGAACCAGCUCCAAGGGAGCAAACAAAGGAAGAUCAACUCGCCCGUCAACACUCCAGGAUUCUGGCGAUGGAGUGCGUGAAGGGACUGGACGUAGACGCUCUGCUCGGCACCAGCCUCCACCACCGCCUAUGGAAAGUGAUGAUACUGAUGGGCCGUUAGAGUGCGCUGAUGAUCCAAACGGUAGCGACGAAGGAGAAGACGACGACGAAGGAGAUACCCUUGAUACGAUUGUGGACGAUAUUGAGGAUGAUCUGUCGGAAGAUGACGUUCCUGACCCCUCAGCCGUCAAUAUGGAGGUUGCAUCUACAGGCAAGGUGACGGCGAGGAAGGAAGAUGGCACGAGAGUUUCCACCCCCUCCCAGUCUACUCCCGUAGCCAAGUCAUCUGCAUCUUCCCUCGCUCGGUCAAGCCCCCAAUCUUUCGGUAGAUCGCUUUCCAUGGCCGGGAGGUCCUUCACAUCUUAUGCCGCUGCAAUGCUGGCCAUGCCGCAGGACUGGCAUAUUGAAUUUAGUGUGAAUGGAAAAGCCAUAACAAACGAUACUACUAUCUACCGUGCAGUGCAAUGCAGUUGUGCCAAUGAUAGUAGCUCGCCCGCGAGAAACGUCUGGUCAACUGUCCACACUGUCCAUUUCAAGCGAGCUCCGGGGCCACCACCACCGCCAGAACUAGCAAUAUUUACUCCCACCUCAUCAAAUGUAUCCGUCAUGAUUGACGAUGUAGACAUGCCGGAAUCCCUCAAUAACGUUCCAACAACGGCCUCGAUUCUCCGACUUCUUCGAGCCUUGCACGAUCUAAAUUCUCAGUCAGAUGAUGAAUUAGCAAACGACAGUGAUGUGAUCGGAAUUGUUCCAGAACCAGAACCCCCUUCACAUUUUAUCAAUACGAAACUGACCGCGAAACUUAACCGGCAGUUAGAGGAGCCUUUGAUAGUGGCAAGCAGUUGUUUGCCAAGCUGGAGUGAAGACCUUGGCCGCCAUUUCGCCUUCCUCUUCCCAUUCGAAACGCGACAUCUCUUCUUACAAUCCACAUCUUUUGGCUACUCUAGGUCCAUGGUUCGCUGGCAAGGCGCACAGUCUAACGAUGAUGGCCAGCGAGAGCGCCGUAGAGAUGAUCGCGCCUACAGCGGCAGGCUUCAGAGACAAAAGGUGCGAAUCUCGCGGACACGCAUCCUGGAGUCAGCUAUGAAGGUUCUUGAGCUAUACGGUUCCUCGCCAAGUAUCCUGGAAAUUGAAUACUUUGAGGAGGUUGGGACAGGGCUGGGGCCUACUUUGGAGUUUUAUUCUACGGUCUCAAAGGAGUUUUCCAAGAGAAAAUUGAAAUUGUGGAGAGACUCAGAUGCCAGUAAUGAUGGAGAAUACGUCCAUAAUAAACUAGGACUAUUCCCGGCACCGAUGAGCCAAGACCAAGUUACACAGGAGGCGGGAAAGAAGCAGCUGCAGUACUUCAAAGCUCUAGGCAAAUUUGUUGCUCGCUCCAUGCUGGACUCGCGUAUUAUCGACAUUGGAUUUAACCCAUUAUUCUUCAGUGUCGGUCGAGGAGCAUACACAACGAAAGCCCCGUCUAUUGGCUCUGUGAAACGAGUAGAUGCGGAGCUUGCAAAUUCUUUGAAAUUCUUGAAGAAAUUCGCCGACAAGGCAGCUGCUAUCGAAGUAGACACUUCUCUAUCCACCGCCGAAGCCGCUAGUGCGAUGGAGAAAUUCGAGGUCGACGACACGAAACUUGCAGACCUCGGCCUUGAUUUUACAUUGCCUGGAUACCCUCAUAUCAAAUUAAUACCUAACGGCCAGAACAUACCCAUUACCAUGUCAAAUGUCGACCUGUAUAUCAACAAGAUUAUCGAUAUGACCCUUGGAAGUGGCAUAAAGCCACAGCUUGAUGCAUUUGCUGCAGGCUUUUCCCAAGUAUUCUUAUAUUCAUCACUUAAAACCUUUACUCCUGACGAACUGGUGAUGCUUUUUGGCCAGGUCGAUGAAGACUGGUCCAUCGAAACUCUUAUGGACUCUAUCAAGGCUGACCAUGGGUUCAACAUGGACAGCAGGAGUGUUCGAAACUUACUUGCAACCUUGAGUGAGUUUAACCUCCAGCAGCGCCGCGACUUUUUGCAGUUCGUCACUGGAAGUCCCAAACUCCCUAUUGGUGGCUUCAAGGGCCUCACGCCAAUGUUCACCGUAGUCUGUCGGCCAAGUGAGCCGCCAUACACCCCAGACGACUAUCUCCCCAGUGUCAUGACCUGUGUGAACUACUUGAAACUGCCGGACUACUCCUCUGCCGAGGUUCUCCUCAACAAACUCAGCAUAGCAAUGCGCGAGGGACAAGGCGCAUUCCACCUUUCCUAA